GAGAGAACGGAAUAUAUUAAGCCUUGGCUCAUCUCCUACUUCAUCGUUGCCCCUGUGGAGGGUACAGCCCUUUUAACAUCAUUUUUCGUCGCCAUGCUAGUCGAUAUGUGGCCACUUGCCGUCAGCUUGUUUAUCGGCUUCCUCUGCUAUUUUGCUGUGUAUGGAUGCUGCUUGUACAUAAUAUACUGCUACUUCAUCUCCAUCGGCGAAGUGACUAUCAUCAAUGUCUAAAACAACACGACACCGGAACCAAGCCACAGAUAUGCAGAUAAACUUGAU